CAGGCCCAGAGACGGGCGCCCUGUGCACAGCCUUCGGGGUCAGCCGCGGGGGCUCCACGCUAACAGCCUCACCCAAUCUAAUCGUGUCUCUGAGCUCUAUGGUUGGAAUGGGUUCCACUGUCUUGGCACCACUGACAUAAGCCUGGAGGCGAAAUCCCCUCCUGUGCCAGUGUGCACCUGCUCCGGGGACACGGCUGUCUGCCGCCGCCCGGCAGGUGCCAAGUGUCUGCAAGGCUGGCUGGACCCGGGGAGGAAGGCAGGAGGCCUCAGGGACUGCGGAAGGAGCCACCCGUAGGGGACUGGGGACACAGUCCCCUCCCUCCCACCCCGCCCCCGCCCCGCGGCCCUGCCGGGGGUCCGACCGCCCGGGCCCCGGGGGGGCGUGUCCUGCUGACCCAGGCGCCGGGAGGCGGGCAGGGGAGCAGGGCGGCGGCGGCGGCGGCGGCAGCGGCGGGCGAGCAUGGAGCGCGAGCUGGAGGCGCUGGCGGCGGCGCCUGCCCUCCCGGCCGAGCCGCCCUUCCAGGCGCUGGUGGAGGCGGCGGGCGGCCGCGGGCAGGUGCUGCUGGUGGGCGAGCUGUGGGAGCGCGAGGCGAGCCGCGCGCUGCUGCGGGACUUCGCCCGCGCCGUGUUCCCGCCCGAGCCGGCCACGGCCAAGCCGGGCGGCCCCGCCGCGGCGGCCGAGGGCGCGGAGCCCCGGGCGGCGCGCGCCAUCCGCUCGCCGCUCGUCUUCGUGCUAUGCCGCGCGUCGUCGCUGGCUGCCCGGGAGCCGCGGCGCCGCCUGCGGGAGAUGCUGCGGGACGUGCGCGGCCGGCGGCGGGCCGGCGCGGCGCUGGUCGGGGUGCUGGUGGCCGAGACCGGACCCGAGGACGCGGCGGCGGCGGUGGCGCCGGGGCUGCGGCUGCUGGAGGCGCUCCUGCGCACGGUCUUCGGCCGCCAGGCGGGAGGCCCGGUGCAGGCGGCCGCCUACUGCCCCGGCCGCCCUGCCUCCAGCCUGGCGGUGCAGGCGGCCGCCUGCAGGGCCCUGCAAGCCGCGGGGCCUGGGCGACCAGCAGAAGGAGCAGGGGAGAGGCCGGGCCUCCCGCGGCUGCUGGCCUGCUUCUCUUGGGGUCCCUGGAGCCAGAGAAAGGACCGAGAUGCCGCCUCCUCCCGAGGCCCUGCUCAGGACCACAUCCAGGACCCUGAGGAGGAGCUGGCCCUGACAGCCGUGUUUCCCAACGGAGCCUGUGAGGACCUCACCAGUGGGUUAAAAGCCUGUGAUGGAGUCGUCCACACUCGCGCUGAGCCCACCGGAGACUCGAGAUAAAGACUGGACUGUAGGGCUGACCUUGGCCCUGACCUACGGGCUGGGCCCUGGUUCCUCUCACUGAGCCUGCAUCUUACUGUUGACCACAGGUGGCGACUGCAAAGACCCCUCCAGCCAGGGGCUGCCAUGUUCACCGUCACCAUUCAGGCCGCAGGACUCAGCCGACCUAAGAGAAGUCUCUUCCCCACUUAGCAUUGGCUCCCUUGCUGGUCGCAGUGCGGUCGGUUUGUCUCUCUGUGCCUCAGUUUCUCUAAGCCAGUGAGACAGACGGCCCCUCGGGGCUCCGCCAUGCUGUGGCCUCCUGGGUAUGUUUGCGGUGCUCUGGGCAUGUGCCCCAGAGUGCAGCUGGCAGGGUCCCUGAACCACAAGUCAUCAGUUCGGAGGUCGUGACCUUGGACAUGUUGUCGCUCCGUCUGAGCCUCCUGCUUCCCCAGUGCACAGGGGAGCUGCCAGCUCUGUCGCUUUCUCCGACCACAGGUCAGGCCCCCUUCCAGGCUGCACUGGAAACGUGUGCGUGUAUAGGGAGGGAGGUCACUGUGCCUGUGGGCUUCCCUGGCACUGAGUGGACAUCCCGCAAUGUGCAGCGACAGUCUCCAACAGCAAAGAACUGGUCCUCUCAAAACGUCAGGGUGACACCUCUGAGAAACUGAGGAACCAACACUUCUGCCUUCAAAUUCCAGGAAGGAUCGCCUGGAACACAUGGUCUGGCUUCCCGGGACCUUGGCUCUCGGAGCAGGCCAGGGCCGCAGCCCUCUGUGUGCCGUAGGGCCAGGACAGAGAUAGCUGUGUGUGCCUGUGAGAAGAAAGGGCCUCUCUGUCUCUCAUGUCGACGUUGACUGUCUGUGCCAAGUUCUUUGAGGAUAAGAAUGCUGGGAGCUGCCUGUGGCACCCAACAGAAGGAAAGCCGGGGGCAGUAGGGCCCAGCACUGGCUCUGGGUCUCAGGUCUUAGCCAAGGUCAAAGCAGGCACAGCCCAGAGGUUCUUGCAGUCCUUUCUGUGUGUCUGAGCCAAACAGGGUAGAGGAGUUUCUCCUGGAGCCAGGCCGGCCACCUGUUCACUCACAGAGGGAACCCUGGAUUACCCGGUGGCCUUCCUUGCCUGUCCCUGGAGAAGUGUGGAGUCCUCAGAAAGGCAGCAGCAGCCCUGGUUCCCCCUAGCAGGAAGCCCUGUCCGAGCGAAGUCGCAGAAUUCCUGCACUCGCGCACACGGCUCCCAGCAGAUACACCACUGUGCCUACUCUGGGCCUCGCACCCCCGAGCUGCUGCCUCUCUUUGAUUCGCUAUGCCAGCUCUCAUGAUGGCGGUGCCAACGUUUGGAACGAGGAAGCAUCUUUGGCUGAGGGACUCUGAUGUGUAGAAGGGACGGACUCUGCCUACCUGGUGCCUGUUUCUUCCCCGUAAUAGGGAGCCCAAUGCUGGGGACGGUGGGGGGAUGAGCAACUAUCUUUGGGGUUGGCCGGCUGCGGGCGUUUCAGUAAUGCGGGGCUGUCACCCACACGGGGCCCAGCUGGCUUCCUUCUGCACGAGAAAGAAAUCGAGCGACCUCGAGUCCUUGGUUCUACUGAUUGUGUUUCCAGAUGGGGAGCCUGGUGUUUUGAAGCUGCUGUUUCCUUCCAUUUUGCUAUUAAUUUCUUUAUAGUAAUCCUGAUGGAGUGUUAUUAUUUGGUGGUCGGGGGGAGGAGCCUGCCUUAAGUUAGAAAUUUGUCUGGCCAGUGCCGCCUGCGGCGCCGGCACACCGGGUUCUAGUCCCGGUCGGGGCGCCGGAUUCUGUCCCGGUUGCUCCUCUUCCAGGCCAGCUCUCUGCUGUGGCCUGGGAGUGCAGUGGAGGAUGGCCCAGGUGCUUGGGCCCUGCACCCCAUGGGAGACCAGGAGAAGUACCUGGCUCCUGGCUCCUGCCAUCGGAUCAGCGUGGUGCGCCGGCUGCGGCGCGCCGGCCGUGGUGGCCAUUGGAGGUUGAACCAAUGGCAAAGAAAGACCUUUCUCUCUGUCUCUCUCUCUCACUGUCCACUCUGCCUGUCAAAAAAAAAAAAAAAAGGAAUUUGUCUAAGGAGGAGCAGCAGGGUUUAAAAAUCUUUUGGUGUUUGUUGCCAAUAUUUGAAACUUGAGGGAUUGCACACACAAAAAAUGCAUGUCUAGUGUUCGGGUAGGGGAGGGGAGCUGUUUGCUGCAGUUCACCCCUGCCUUUCUUGGGACCCCUCGCGCCUUCCCCCCUGCACCUCGCUGGCACAGCACAGCUGCCCGCUCCUGGCACAGGCAGGCGUUGGCUCAGCAGUCUUGUCUACAGGUGGUGUGCACGUGAGUUCCUCAUGGUCUUUGUGGCUGCUGGAACCGGCUGAUGGUCCUGGUGUGCUGGACUUGGGUCCUGCCUCCCAGUGGCUGCAACAGGACUCACAGCCCAGCCACACCACCUGGGACAUGGCCACUGCAGGCUCUCUCCUUGGAAGGACGUCUCUCUGGGGUUUUCUAGCAGGCAGAAGAGCCUAGUGCCACCGGGGGGGGGAUGAUCUUGGUGGUGGGUCUCUUUCUUGGAGAACUUUAAAAAGGCCUGAAGGUUGGGUGGGCCUGUGGAAGGCAGACGCGCUGUGUUAGGUCGGUGGUCCUUAGGAGCCAUUGUUGGGGGACCUGCACCCGGGCCACAGGCUGGCCCUCGGGUACUAAUCCUUGUAAUCUGGCAAUAGUUUUGCUACUCCUGGCUGGAAUGGCUAAUUCUUUAUAUGUAAUAAAACCAUGCAGCACUUCAUUGGUAUCUUAUCAAAACACAAAAUAGAUUUUUUUCCCCUUCA